AUGUACCCGCUUCAAGAAAUUGAGCCGGACUUCUACAUGUCCUUUUACUACCCGGUUGAGAAAGCGGAAAAGGGGACAGCCGAAAAGGAAUUGGCAAAGUUGGUUGAUAAGUUGUACGAUGGUGGGUUUGCAGCAACAAUUAGACCAGGCGAUGCCGAGCAUUUGCUCGUGUUUAUCAAGCUUUCAUCGGACACUUAUAUCGAGCAAGCUGAGAAGGACUUGAUGAAAAACUAUGAGUUUGGCAUAACUUCAAAGGAUGACACGUUGAGCUCCAGAUUUAGAAUCAUUUACAACUACUUGACAAGCAAUCCCGAACUUGGAGGAGUAGGAGUCACCCCCGAACAAGGGAUAUGGAAAAAUGUCAAGAGCAUCGUGCCCAUUACCGAUGCCUUUGAUGAUACCCACAUCAUCGAGGAGCUCAAGAGUAAUUUUGAAAAGACCGAGUUUUCCACUACCAAGAUCAAGAAGGUCUAUGGUGUUCAGAUUGCCUUGUAUUUUGAGUUUUUUAAAUACUACAUUUUUUGGUUAACAGGCUUGUCGGUAUUGGGGAUUGCCCAGUAUUUGAAGAAAUCAAAGACCUAUUCCUUGAGCUACACUUUUAUCAACUUGUUAUGGGGCACAUUUUUCAUUGCAUUUUGGCAUAGAAGAGAGAAAUACUUGUCCAACUUGUGGGGUGUGCAAAACAGCCACCAGAUUGAAGACCACCUUGCGGAAUUGGCUCAAAUCAACAGAGAUUUCGAGAACAAGUCAUCGUAUGAGCACAAGUCCAAUAGUGCUGGAAUCAGACUCGUUAAGGAAUUGCUCUUUGUGCCCGUGGCAUUGGUCUUUGUUGCCGUUUUGGUCAGUUACCAAUUGGGCUGUUUCUUUAUUGAAAUAUUUUUGACUGAUAUCUACGACGGACCAGGUAAACAAUUUUUGACCUUGUUGCCAACAAUCUUGAUUUCUGUCUUUGUGCCAGUAUUGACUAUUGUCUACGACAUUGUCACCAAGAUUGUCAUCAAAUUCGAAGGUCACGACAAUGAGUUUAGCAGAAACAACUCAGUCUUGGUCAAGCAGUUUGUGUUGAACUUUUUAACCAGCUACGGGCCCUUGCUCAUCACUUCGUUUUUGUACUUGCCAUUUGCCCAUUUGGUGGGACCUCACUUGGGAGACCUCAGGAGCACAAUCUCCUCCAUUGCCGGCGAGAACAGGUUCUACACCAAGUAUUUAACCAAGUUGAAAUCACAAAAGGAUUUCCAGAUUAACCAAGGCAGACUCGAUGCCCAGUUUUUCUAUUUCAUAGUCACCAACCAGAUUAUCCAAAUUGUGUUAAAGUAUGUUUUGCCAUUGGUGAUAAACAAGGUUUUGAAGUUGGUUGAGACCAAUAUCCAGAAAAAGCCCCAGUUGCAGGUUGACGGCGAUAACCCCAAGGAAGCUAUCUGGUUGCACAAUGUGAGAGCAUCUUUGGCGUUGCCCCAGUACGAUGUCGACAAUGACUUUAGAAGUUUGGUUUUGCAGUUUGGUUAUUUGAUCAUGUUUGGCCCCGUGUGGCCAUUGGCUCCAUUGGCAUCAUUGGUCUUUGAUGUCAUCAUCUUUAAGCUUGACAAUUUCAAGUUGCUCAGUGGAAAAUACUUUAAACCACCAAUCCCUAAAAGAGUCGACUCCAUUCAUCCAUGGAACUGGGCAUUGUUCUUGCUCACUUGGCUCGGUUCAGUCAUUUCGCCAGUUGUCACUGCAUUUUACCGCCACGGAACUGCGCCACCAAAAUCAAUGGGCCAGUUUGCCUUUGAUAACGCAAGCGUGCACAUUUCGUCAACGGCGUUUUUGGUUUUGAUCAUGUUCUUUACUGAACAUGUGUUUUUGAUCAUGAGCUAUCUCUUGUACAAGUUCUCCAAUUUGUUCAAGAGCCAAGUCGAGUGGGAAAACGACUUUGUUGAGAAUGACAUGAAGUUGAGAAGAGAUUACUACUCCAGCACAGUCAAACCCACAAUCCGUGUUCGAGAAUGUCCCGACUGGAAGCAUUUCACUGCCGAGGGAACAAUGGACUUCCAACCACCGGUGGUUGUCGGUGCCAGCGACGUGAAAGAACCGGAGAAGAUUCCAAUUAAGAAACUGGGUUAUUCCACCUCGUCCGAGUAUACGGAAACUUCAGUCACCUCACGCACCGAGCAAGCAAAAUUGAUUGCCGAGAAAGAGAAACUUUUGAGAGAAAGACAGGAGCAGUUGAAGAGAUUGGAAAGAGAUGGUGUUUCCAAAGACGAAGAGUACAAUAAGCUCAGCAAAUUCAAGGAUGACGACGACACCAUAAUCGAGUCCAAGUCUUCUCCAAACGGCCAAGCAAAGUACACCACCAUGGACAACAACCGACACGUUAGCGACAAUCCACUUGGCGCAUCCGUGCUCCCACCACUGCCAAACGACAAGUCUGGAACGGUUGAGACCAACAAGUACUCCACCCAUGGCAAGAAGAGUGCCGAGGCUGCUGCAGUUGCUCCAGCUGGAGCCGGUCUCACAUCCUCUGCGGGCAAGCCUCCCGGUGUUUCAGAGGCCGACGGGGAGCUCGAUAAGCCGCCAAGUGCCGAGAGAGCCCACGAUCCUACUAUGAAGAAUUCUGCGCCAAAACAGGCGCAAAAGGACAACACCAACGACGUGAAUAACAUUGAAGACCAAGGCACGUUUAAGAAAGUGCUUCACACUGCUGAGAAAGAUGUCAAGAAUUCGAAAAACGGAUUGAAAAAGUUGUUCCACAAGAGCUGA